AUGGGUUGCCAGCAAACCAAAGAGUGGAGUGGAUAUCUUCAUUUGACAGCGCGAGCAACAGUGUUAGCUAGGCCUGUGUUCUCAAGCUACCCAAACUGUCAGACGUGGAUACGAGACUUCCUUCAUGGUAUCAUCUAUCCCCAAAUGGCCACAUUCUCUGUGGAACCAGUGUUCUUGCUUUGGUCGAGAGAAGGAAGUGAAAACAGACCUGGCGCAUGGUAUGAACCAAAUCACUCUGUCCCUCUGUACUCAGCAGAAGCAAGUGACGGUAUUGAUGCUUUGGUUGACAGCAAAACAUAUGAUUCCAAA